CGGGGCCGAGGGGGCGGUGUGGAGCCGAGGGGCCUCAGCUGCCAGACGAAUCCCGGGCGGCAGGUGCCGGGAGCCCCGGCAGCCGGGGGAGCUGCGGCCCCCUCCUGCGAACGGCCGCCUCCUGCGAACGGCCGCGGGGCAGCGGCGAGGCGAGUUUCUCCCAGCAGGCAGGGCGGAGCGGAGGGGCGAGCGCCGCCGUGUCUGGAGCCGCUGGGGGUCGGGCGGCGGGGCCUCGGCCGUGCGCCGCCGCCAGAGCUGCUCUUGAAUUCAUUUUCUGGGCAUGACAUGUCUUCCUACUGCAUUCCGUGAUUCUGCAUAAGCAAAGUGCAGAGUUAAUUACUGCUGAAUCAUAAGAGUCAUACAAUAGAAUAAUGGAGACUGGUUGCAAUCCUAUGGAGUUGCCCAACAAUACAAGUUUUGAAGAAGAUCCGGAUUAUAGAGACUUCGAAGGAACAGAUGUGAAAGACAUGAGACUAGAAGCUGAAGCUGUUGUGAAUGAUGUUCUGUUUGCUGUCAGCAACAUGUUUGUCUCAAAAACCCUUCCCUGUGCAGAGGAUGUGGCAUAUAUCAAUGUGGAAACCAGGGAAAGGAACAGAUACUGCCUGGAGCUCUCUGAAGCAGGACUCAGGGUAGUAGCUUACGAUUUUGACCAGACUGAUGACAGAUUGCAAACUCCAUACCAUGAAACUGUCUACUCCUUGUUGGACUCUCUCAGCCCUGCAUAUCGAGAGGUGUUUGGAAAUGCAUUACUACAAAGACUAGAGGCUUUGAAGAAAGAUAGCCAGUCAUGAUUUACCCAGAUGCGAGGAAGGAUUAAUGCUAGAAGGAAUUCUUAGUAUGAGGCACCGACGUCUUUCUUAUAAACAUUUUAAGCUUAAUUUCUUGCAUUGAUAUCUAAUUGUACUCUAUAACAUUUUGCUACAGUGGAUUUCCAUAUAUCACAAUGCUAUUAAAAGACACUUUGAUAAAUUAGAACUUUCUUUUUUGUUGUUGGUGAGCAAGUAAGUUGUUUCUUACAAUAUUCAAAAAAAUCCAGUCACUUUUCAAAUUGUUAUUCUCCAAAGCCCUAAAAAAUUAGAGGUUGAAUGUUAUGUUUACAAGUAGUAAUUUUGUUGUGUAUAUGCUUACUGAUAAUAUCUGCUUUUUUAAAUAGAAGCUAACUACUUGCUCUACCCAAUUAAUGACAAGCAAAUGGGAAAACUACUGUAAAGAAGAGAUUUUCAGCUUGAUUUGCUAUACCUAAACCUGAAAAUUCUCAUCUUUGGUAGCAAAAGAGGUGGCUCUUGAACAGUUGAGCAUUGCUUAUCUAGUGACAGUAUCUGAGUUAAAAGCAAGGCUCAGUGUUAUUUGAUCUAUCUUUGUCUAUGGCAACCAGCAAACUCCAAAUAAGAAUGAGAUGUACUUCUACUGUAUGAAUGUAUUGUCUGAAUCGCAAAUGAGUUAAGCACAGAGUUAGGAUGUAAUGGGCUACGUUUCCUAAAGAUGAUGUUAUAUAUGCUCUAUACAUAUGCUAUAUUGUAACUGGGAAGGUUGGAAGACAUUUUAUCCUGUUUACUAUUCUGAAUAUGUGUUUACAUGAUGUACAGGAUAUACCCAAGAGUAUUUUUGCUUCAGCCUUCACUUUCUAUAAUACAGUACUUUGUUAUUCCCGUUUUUCACAUUUUCUCCCUCUCCUGUACAGCAUCCUCUCCUGAUGAAUACUAAGUAAGCACUGUAAUGUUAAUUGCAUUAUAUUGGUUUGAAACCAAAGGCUGUAAGAAAUUUCCUAAGACUUAAUUCAAACUGGAAGAUAUUAUUUGUAUUUUCUGCUUAAAAACUGGUACAAAUCCCUUUAUAAAACUGUUGUUCUGCUGUAACUUUUCAAGUAUAUACUGAAUGGUUGACUUUUUAAAAACUAUGGUUGUUAGAAAUACCAGUACUGUUGAACUAACAUUCCGUGGCACGCACACUUUUUGUAUUCUUGUAUUACUUAGUAUAUAUGCAUCUUUGUUUAAAUAAUCCUGCCCUUAUUCAGACAUGAUUCUGUGACAAGUACAUGCAGUAGCUUUUUUGGAGCCAUACUUAGGGAAACAUCAGUUCUUAGAAAGCCCCAGAUUACAGUGGCUUCAGUAGAGCUGAAUUGAUUUCUACCUGCUAAGGAUCAGUCAUAGUAAUGGGAGAAGCCUUAGUAGAGCUUUUGUAAUAGCCAUGGGGUAGUGAUGCACAACUCUAGCUGACAAGGCAGUUGUAAUUACCACUUCUGUUCUCCAGAGCUUAAUUUUAUGUUUACUUUAGUAUCUUUUUAGAUUGCAACUUCUGAUAUUAAUCUUCUGUCCUAGGGUAUGAUUCCAUGCUCUAAAAAAUAUUCAUAGUCCCUCUUUUGCACACAGGUCCGUGGCACACGGUUAGUCCUCUGUGAGGAGAAUGUACUUUACCGAAUUUAUAUUUAAAUAUUUUUCCUUGCAACUAAUUUACUUGUUGAAUUUCAACUACUAAAGCAUUAAAUAAAUGCA